CCUUCGCAGAGCUCUGGCGCGGUCCUGGCGCAGCGAAUUCUGGCACUUGAUGUUCUCGGAGCGCGGCGUCGAGAAGCUACAAUAUCUGGCUGUCGGUCGAAAGGGGCACUUAGUGGCGUCCAUUUGUGUGAAAAUGUGCCAAUGCGGUCGAGGGUUGUUUUGUUGUUGGUGCCGCUGAAUAGCUGAAGUGCAGUCGUUUCGGAUACAUUCGAAUUUGAAGCUUCAAGAUGAAACUGGGCAUGUGGGAGGUGGAUCGUGACGCAUUACGUCGAGAUGGCCUUGUGCUUUUUAGCAAAUUAAUUCGCACAAAAAACGUCGAAAAUCUGCAAGAGCGCCAGCCCAGCAGAACUGACGAGAAGCAUAAAUUAACCAAAUGCCUGACGACUCUGGACCUAACGUCGCUAGGAGUGGGAAGCUGCGUAGGAACUGGAAUGUAUUUAGUCGCAGGAAUGGUGGCCAAAAACGUCGCCGGUCCUGGAGUAGUCAUAAGUUUUAUCAUAGCAGCCAUAGCGAGCAUUUUUUCAGGUGCGUGUUACGCGGAAUUCGGCGUGAGGGUGCCCCACACGACCGGCUCGGCUUACAUGUACUCGUACGUCACCGUCGGUGAAUUUAUAGCCUUCAUAAUCGGUUGGAAUAUGAUUUUGGAGUAUUUAAUCGGUACAAGUGCUUGCGCCUGUGCAUUGAGUGCCUGUUUCGACGCCUUAGCCAACGGGGCUAUAUCGUCCGCUAUCCACGAAAGCAUCGGAAAAGCCUUAGGAAGAGAUCCGGACUUCCUCGCCUUCGUGAUCACCCUGAUGAUGAUGGUCCUGCUGGCGGCGGGCGUGAAGAAAUCGCUUAUUUUUAACAACAUUUUAAACGUGAUCAAUCUGGCCGUGUGGGUGUUUGUGAUGACGGCCGGUUUGUUUUACGUGAACACCGACAACUGGACCAAGCACAGGGGAUUUUUGCCUAUGGGUUGGUCGGGGGUUUUCACCGGAGCUGCAACCUGUUUUUACGCGUUCAUCGGCUUCGAUAUCAUAGCGACCACGGGCGAAGAGGCGGCCACGCCUAAGAAAUCCAUUCCAUUGGCGAUCGUCUCCAGUUUAGCCAUUAUUUUAGUAGCCUACGUAACGAGUUCCAUGAUGAUCACUUUAAUCGUUCCAUACACAGAGGUAAACGAGGACUCAGCCUUAGUCGAGAUGUUCGGACAAGUCGGAGCUAACAAAUGCAAAUACAUUGUCGCCGUAGGGGCCUUAGCAGGAUUGACUGUCAGUAUGUUCGGUUCCAUGUUCCCGAUGCCUAGGAUUAUUUACGCCAUGGCGCAAGACGGUUUAAUAUUUAGGAUGUUUUCUCAAGUGUGGCCAAGUACGGGAACACCAGUAAUAGCAACGUUCAUAAGCGGCUUCACAGCAGCCCUGGCAGCUCUCUUCAUUCGACUGGAAAUACUUGUUGAAAUGAUGUCCAUAGGUACACUCUUGGCGUACACGUUGGUAUCGACGUGCGUGCUGAUCCUGAGAUACCAGCCGCACUCCACCAACCUGGUGGAGCUCCUGCCGCAGAGCCUUCGGACGCCCAUCCGCGGCUCGCCCACCAAGGAGGCGCUCGCGGAGAAUCCGGGCGAACGCGCGCUCUACGGGAACCAGCUGCAUCCGGCGCACUUGAAGCAGGCCAUCGACGCCUCCAUGGGCCCGCCGAUUCCCUCGCCGUCGCCGUCCCCGCUGCCUUCGCAAACCACCCAGAGGGUGAUGGUCAGGAGGGUUACUCGAAGCUCUCCGGAUAGUGAUGAUACUUUCGGUGGUGAUGAACCGGACGAGGAUUUUUCUGGAAGAGACGACCAGUUUUUGGUGUCAGACAGGACUGAAAAUAAAUUUUAUGGUACUGUGCAUGGUGGUGGAAGUGCUACCAGCACCGGUGGAAUGGUGGGAUCUACGGUAGGGCCCAGCUUAGGAUACAUAGGAAGAAGGUUACAAGCUGCCACAUACUUGUGUCCGGCCAUUUUCCCUUGGGUAGAUACCGGCCCGGCGACGGAAGAGUCGGGUCUAUUCGUCAUGAAAUUGGUAGGUUAUUUGUACGUGCUCAUCAUAAUCUUCGAUCUAAUCGUCGUCUGCGGCAUGGAUAACAUGAACAGCGCCACCGCGUUCUUCCUCUGGUUCUUCUUCCUUGCCAUCGUCGCCAUCUGCUUGGUCAUUUCCAGGAAGCCGCAGAACAGAAAUACGUUGAUGUUUAUGACACCAGGUCUUCCAUUCAUACCGGCAGUCGCGAUCACCGUGAACAUCUACUUAAUCAUGAAACUUUCCAUUCUGACGCUCGUCAGAUUCACCACGUGGAUGACACUGGGCUUCAUCAUGUACUUCUACUACGGUAUUAAAAAUAGCACCAUGGAAGACCCGUCGGAUAACGAUCACAUAGAGUUAACCGUAACCGAUCACGAGAAACCCAAGUUCAACAGCACAUCCCCAUACAGCGGAGACCACAAUAUUUACAGUCAAUCGCAACCGGUGUACGAAUGGGACCCGAACAAAGCCUGGGACCACGGUCCGGCUUGGGCCCAACCGGCGCCCGCGCUUCCCCAAUACCAAGUCGAGCAGCGCUACAACGUGGCCACGAACAACACGAAAUCUGUAAUAAGCAAAUCGAAGCCGGCGCAUCCGAGCGCUAGUGGCAGUCCCAGCCCCAAACCGGCGGGCGCCGGGGAGCCCCAGAACCAGGAGGGCGCGCCGCAAUCGGCGGCUUCCAGCCUCUUCGUGAGCGAUCCAUUGGCCUACGCGAAAUGGGAUGACUAGUAAGAUGUGUAACGGGUAAAUGUUAAGGAGUAUCCUAAUAUAAUGUUGUUUAUUGUCUACGUUGUUGUAUUAUAUGAAAAAGGUUGUUGAAAAAUAAUGUGUAUUAAGUAUAUUUCGGACGUUUGUGGGACUGAUGUUUUAAAUGCGUUUAGAUAGUUUAAUGAAAUUGGAUUGUCCGAAUAGUUGGAGAGAGUAAAUCUGUGCAAAAUUUGAAUCAUUAUCGUGUGUUGGUCAGAUCCAGAAUCGAAAUUCAAGCAAGAAAAAAUAUUCUUUCAAAAGCGUCAAGAUAUUUUGCACUUAUCUACUUUAAAAAAGAAAAUGGCUUAUAAUGUAAUAACUUUUUGAUGUUAAAAACACAUGAAAAAUAUUUUCGUUUAGAUUUUCUUACAAUUCUUCUAAUUCUGAGUAGAUAUACUUUCCUAUUGAAUAUUUUCAUGCACUUUUUAAAUUGAUGUUAAGUGCCUUUCGAUGAAUUAUUUUAGAUGAAUUAUCUAAUCUUAUUAUCUUGUUUUUUAUUUAUUUACUUUUUAACUAUUCAAUUAUUCGGACAACGAUUUAUUUACAAUUUACAUUAUACAUACAACAAAAAAAUUCUAAAAAAUUGAACAUUUAUACAUAUUAUAGUAAUAAUAUAUCUGUGGAUUUUAUCAUAUCAUUUUCAAAUAGUGCAUAGAGUUGAAAUAUAUAUCGUUAUUUUCGUUAAUAUAUUUAUAUAGGUUUACAAAUUUCUAUUUUAAUAGCAGCACUGAAGAUCUCGAGUUAGUUUUCUAUGAAGAGAUAAAUUUAAAUAUAAAAUGUUUCUCAUUUAUCAAGUGUUUAUCAAAUCAUAUCAAAAUAUAUCAAAUAUUUAUUUAUUUUGUUCAGUUUCAAAUAUUUUUAUUUUAUGUCAAUAUUCCUUUAACCCAGUUCUAGCAUAGCCAAAAUUUUUAUUAUUAUAAGCAUAUUAAACAUUUAAUUGUUCUGUUUACUUAUGUUAUUUAUCAUUGACUGCAAUUUUAAAGUACUUUUAAUAGAGUUUGAUAUUAAUAGAUACUCUUGAUAUAAAAUAUUUGUUAAUGUUCGACUCAAUUCAAAAAUCCUCCUAAUUUGUGUUAUUACCUAUGCAACAUGUUUAAAUUUGAGCGAUGAGAUUUAAAGAGAUUUUUAAUUUUCGUUGAAUAAAAGGCAAAUCCAGCACAUAGCUUUCUAUUAUUGUUAAGCUCCUAUGAAUUAAUUAUUAUUUUCUCCCGUUGAAUCUCAUUGAGCAGAUUUUUAUUUGUUGUAAUAUUUACAUUUACUAAUUGUAGGUAAAAUUUGAGAUUUAUAUAAUUAUGUAAUGGAAAAAAGUAUUAAAUAUAAUUCUAAAUUCCCUAUACCCACAUUCUUCUAAAAUAAAGAAUAAGUCGAAGUAUAUACCUAAUUAUGUAUUAUUGUUAAACAUUUAAAAUUAUAUAAAAAAUUGAAUAUAACAAUUGAUAUAACAAUAAUAGCGUGUAGUUGAAAAUAAUCUGAUAUUUUUUUGUUCGUGUAUUUAUAAAGGUACGUAGGUCGUCUUGUAUAUAAUUUUAUUUGUUUGUUCCUUUCGAAAAAUCUAUGUAAAAUACGCCUAAGUAUAACUUUGGUUCGUUUAAAAACUUUUACCCACGCCAAAUGUACAUACACUUGGUUAAAAAAAUCCGAAAGAAAGCCCUUUUAGUUUUGAAAUAAGCAUUUAAACGAGAACGCACUAAAUAAGCUGCACAUAAAUUUUGUUAAGUACUUAACCUGCUUUAAUAUACCUAUAAAAAGAUUAAAACAAUGCAACGAUAUUUGCCUAUGUAGUUCAUUCGCAAUCUCGAAGAGUAAUAAAACAAUUAGUUGCAAAUUUCGAAAAUUACUUAAACAUUACAUAUACAACAAUUUAUUACAUAGUUAUUAAAGCUCUUACCCUAUCUAUUAUACAGCAGGUAAUAUGCAGGAAAAAUAAACUAAAAUUCAUUUUCUGUAGAGGAGCUUUUUAUUUGUUAUAUAAGUCUUGAUAUUACUCUACGUGAUUUGCAAAUUUACUAUAGGUAUUUUUUUGAAUAUGUGAUAAUUUAAAUAAUUUCAUUAUUAUUCUGUUGAAGAGAUUGAUGGUUAAAGGUAUUAAAAAAGAGUUCAAAUGGAUCAAUGUACCUUGAAUGAAUUCGAGAUAAUUCACUAUCUAGAUAAUAUAUAACUUCAUAUAUAUCAUAUAGAUAAAAAUACUAAUGAAAAGAAGAUAAAAUAGUUACCAAAAAGUGCGAAUUAAUAUCUUUUUCCGCCGAUCCUUUAAUAAAUUCUAUAAGUAGUAUACCUAAUUAAUAAUAAAAUUUGUCCAAUAAGCCAACAUUAAUGAAAAUGAAAACCUCCCUUUUUGGACAUACUUUAUAUUGAGUAUAAUUUAUUUGUUAAUAAAUCUUUACUAAUGAUCUCUAUAAUAUAUUCUAUGGUACAAAUGAAUGGGUUUUCUGGAGAUUAAUUUUAAGAGAAGCGAAUUAAAUGAUGAGAGUUUAUAAAAUUGUUUUCCAGGGACCAGACUAUGGACCUACUUGUUAGACAUACGAGCUCCGGAAAAUUAAUUCGUUGGAAAAUUUUAUCGGGAAUACAGCUGGUGAUUAAACAAGGUAUUUUUUAUUGUAUAGGUAACGUUAAAUUUUCGAAACGUCGGAAUCUCCGACUGUUGAAAAUUUAACCAGUUUUUAGGAUCUCCGCUGAUCCGAUCUUUGUAUAUUAAUUAUAGUAAUAUCUUGAUGUUUUUCUUCCAAUUUAAUUAGUAUUAAAUUUUAGAUAUUCUAAUGUUAAGAUUCAAGAAAAUAAAUGAUUUCAG